AUGGAGUUUUUAACACAAAAAUGCAUGGUAGAGCUUACUAUGGUAUUUUCUAAAAUAGAAGAUUAUUAUAGAGGACUAUUAAAAGGGGAGAUAACAAGAGAGGAAAUGAUACUGAUUACUGAAAAAUCAGACAGAAUGAAAAUUCUUUUUCAAAUAGUCGUGAAAGAUGAAAAGAUAGAUUUGGUAUUAAAUGUACGUCAGAAAGAGAUAACUGGUUUACAGGAUUAUUUUGAUCAGCUACAAUCAAUGUUGAAUAUUGCCAGAUUAGUUUUUAAAGAUGAUAAUCAGUUUAGUGAAGAGUACCAUACAGUGAUUACAGACUCCCCUGAUAAGCCAUUAAACCAACUUUAUACAACUCUGGUAGAAUUUGAAAAUGUUGACUUAGACAAUUAUACACCAUCUAUCAAUCCUCUCCAUCUCCCUCAAUCUCUAUUAGACAUCCUACCAAAUAUUCACACUCUAGAAGAUAGUCAGCUCUUUCUUAAUGUAUGGAAAGAAAAUGCAAGAAAGGAAGAAGAUGGAAAUUUAUUUGAAAGAAUUGAAACAGCAUGGAAUAAUUCAUAUAAAGAAUGGAUGCAAUUUCGCAAAGAUUUUGAAUCGGGCAACAUUUCUUUCCAAAAUUUUGGGAAAUAUGUCUUUUUUUUGGAGAAUGAGAAACAUUUAAAGUCUGAGCUAGAUAAAGUCUUUCAAAAUGAAGAAUUGAUACAGGAGAGAUGGAAACAAUAUGAAACUUUUGAAACUAUAACAACUUGUCAAAGAGCGAGUACUGUCAUUAUGGAUAUUAAGGAUAUGUUGAAAAUGACUGUUGAUUUUUCCAUAUGCACAAAAAUAAAAUCAAUAGGAGCUAACAAUAAAUUAGCCAUGAAGGAAAUAGAUGUAUCAUUAUUGAAUAUGGUUGGUAAAAUGAAGGAGUUAGGGAAAGAGAAACUUGAGUUGUUACAAAGCUUUAGAAAGUCUGAGAGUGUAGUGAAUUGGUUGAAAGAAACUAUGAAAGAUGGACUCAAAGAAUUAAAAGUUUUUGUUGAUUUAGCGUUUAUAUCUGCUGGUGAGGGUGAUCUAGAAAUAGAUCGUGUCAACUGUUUCCAUACUGUAACAUCUACUUUUGCACCAUUGAUAUUUGAUUUGACUGCUAAAAGUAACUUUGAAACAUUCAUGGGGAAGUGUGAUAUGAUAUUUAAAGACAUGGACUCUGAUGGUCUUAAAAAACUCUCAGAAAAAUUGUUGGAUACUAAUAGACAGUUAGAAUGGUUUAAAGCUGUAAGACAGUCCCAUGGUUCAGUGGAAGUAACAUCUUUAGAACAAGCUGAAAUGAUUGUGUCUCAUGGUAUAUACAAGAUUAACCCUCCAACAAAAUCAAGACAGACUAAACUAGAAAUUCAAACAGUUUUGUCAUUGAACGUGUCAAGCAAUGCGGGUGAGAAAGAAAUGUUAAAUGAUGGUAAAUAUUCUUUUGAAAAGUUAAUGGACUUGCAAAGUCGUCUCAUGUUGGUUGCUGGACAAGCUGAAAAAGGAAGAGAAAGAGUUGAAGCAUUCACAUCGACCUUAGAUGGAGCUGUAAGAUUAGCCAAGACUUAUGUGAAAUUGUGUAGUGAUGGUUGUGUGUUUUUUAACUCCUGGAGAGCUGAAUUUCUAUGUGACGACACCACAGCAAAUUGUGCCCGUCUGGUUUUUGGUAAUAAUCAUCUGCUAACUGGACACAGACAUCCUGACACUGUGGAAACAUUUGUUGCUCAGGUUGCCAAUUUUCUGGAAGAAUGUCAUGAAGAUUGGCUGUCCUAUCUUAGAAAGAAAAGGCAGGAAUAUUUAGAAUUAAACUAUUACACUGUUGAACAGUUAGUUUUUCUGCAACAAGAGAUUAUCAAAGUGGGAACAGACGAACCAAAUAAACUGAUAUAUCCGCUCUUAUCUUUUUUAAAAGAAGACUGUUGUGAGAAAGAUUUGCAAGAAGCUAUGAAAUCGGCACAAGAAGAAGUUCUUAAUAAAGACAAGAAAGAGGAAAAACCAGUUGACCCUAUUGUGUGUUCUGAUGAAGAAAUUCAAAUGAAGUUUAUAGAUGCUAUGGAAAAUAAUGGGUUCACCAGAGAACUUGCUCUACAAGCUUAUAUAGCAGUAAAUGAUAAAGAAGACAUUGAUGCUGGACUAGGAUACUGUUUGGACCAUGUAGAUAGUAUUGAAGAAAGUUGUAUUGAUGAUGAAGAAGAUACCAGUAGAAGAUUUGCAGGAUGGAGUACUGGAGCUGGAUCAAUAGAAAAUAAUAUCGGACAUUUGCUGAAAAAUAUACCAAGAUCAGAUAGAAUCACAUGUAAAGAAUUGAUACAUAAUUUUAAGAAGAUAUGGAGUGAAUUUUUAAUGAAAGUGUCAUCAAGUGUAUCAGACUAUCUUAGUUUAGAGCAUCUUGGAAUAAUCUUGAAAAAAUUGGCUAAUUCAGAAGGGCUGUCAAUCAGAAGAAACCUUCCAGCUGGUUUAACUUUAGGUCAACCAAAUUUGAUUGUUUGUCCGAAUGAUGAUAUGUUGAACUGUUUAACUUAUAUGUAUAUGCAUCCUGGAGAUCAACCCUUACCUAAACCUGAUGAAGUUCUGAUUUGUUCAAAAGACACAAAGUUUGAUGAGGUUGAUAUCUUUCUAAGAAGAGCUUUUUAUGAUUCUUAUAAUAAGAUACAUUGUUUGGCUUUUGCUGAUUAUUUAGACUAUACAGUGGGUGAUAAAUGUGAAAAAAGACUUAUAGAAUAUGUUCAGGAAUGUAAAGGAAGGAAUUAUAAAUUUGUGGUGUUGUGUACUCAAGAAAAUGAAUUAAAGACAAAGUUAGUUGGUGCUUUAGAAAACUAUAGAAGUCCCCCACCAAAAAUUUGUACUUCAAAACUUAUCAGUUGCUAUUUAUCUGAACAAUUUACAAAAGCUAUACCAGAGUCUGCCAGUGUGGUUGAUUUUUCAAGGUCCUUGGUGCGAGUAAUUAAAUCUGAAAGAGCUGGUGUUGGUAAAACUUUAUAUAAAACAAGACUAGUAGAAAAAUUAUCUGAACAUCAGGGUAGAAAUAAAGAGAUUAGUUUAACAAUACCAUUGUUUGAAAAAGAAGUGAAUGUAUCAGAUAUAACAGAUAGAUUAAUGAAAUAUACUAGACACCCUGGUCAUAUUCAACCAAUGAUCUUUCAUUUGGAUAUUUCUUCUGAGGUUCUUGAUGGAGUUGAUUUUUUCCUGUAUAAUUUGUUGAUAUUAGGAUGUAUCAGGAAUAAAGAUGGCUAUGUUUGGAAAAAAUCAGAUCAUGAUUUAUAUCUUAUUGAAAAUAUUUCUUUCAAUAAUCUACAAGGAGAAAAGAAGCUGCACAAAAGUAUUCAUCACAUAUUCGAUAUUUUACCAAAUGUUAGAUGUUGGUCACCAACUGAAACACUUUCAAUUCUCAAAGGAAAUACUCCAAAAGGGUAUGCAGAGAAUGACAGUGUUUUUGAUAAAACAGAGUUUAAAAAGGAAGUAUUUCAAAGACCAUUUCACUAUCUUGAUAGUUUAGACAGGAAUUUAGCAUUAGAUACCUUUGAAAAACAACGAGAACCAUCAAAAGAAAAUAUUGCGUCAUGUUUAGAUGUUUUACUCAGGCAUUGUGGCAUAGAAGAUCCAUCAUGGGCUGAAAUUCAUCAUUUUGCAUUGUUCCUAAACACACAAUUAAAAGAUUGGGAAACAUCAACUUUUUGUGGUGGUUAUGUUGCUGAAGAUUUUCCUGGAUUUGCCAAAUUUGUUCUCCUUUUUUCCAUUGAAAUGUCCAGGGAUUUUGCAACAAGAUCAUUGAAGAUGAGUGAAGAAACACCAUUACAAAAACUUGAAUCAAGAGAUGAAAAUGAUGAUAAUAGUGAAUUGACUAAGUUUCAGAUAAAGAGACACUGGGAAUCAAGUCCUCAUCCCUAUAUAUUUUUUAAUCCUGAUCAUCAUACUAUGACCUUCCUGGGAUUUAAUAUUGACCGAAAUACUGGUAACCUAGUGGAUCAACAAAAUGGUCAGAUCAUUAAGCCAAAUCUUAUGCCAAAAAAUUUAUAUGAUAGUUUAGAUAGAAACAGAGCACCUUUAAAUGAAAAUUUUCAGCAGUUACCAAGGUUAGAAGCCAUAUCUAAACUAUGUCUUGUUAUGGGAAUUGAAAGUCUAUAUGAUCCAGAUCCAUCCUAUGAAUUAACACCUGACAAUGCCAAGAAGAUACUAGCAAUUUAUAUGAGAUUUAGAUGUAAUAUACCAGUUAUAAUAAUGGGAGAAACUGGCUGUGGUAAAACUAGAUUGGUUAAGUUUAUGUGUUCACUGCAAUGCCCAGUUGGUACUGAUGUUCAGAAUAUGAUUCUUAUGAAGGUUCAUGGAGGAACAACUCCCCAGAAUAUCAUAGAGAUGGUUGAUAAAGCAACUGAAAUAGCCACUGCUAAUGCAAAUGAAUAUGGUGACCACUUUUAUACUGUAUUGUUUUUUGAUGAAGCUAAUACUACAGAAUCUAUAGGCCUGAUAAAGGAAAUAAUGUGUGAUGGUACAAUGAAUGGAAAGAAAUUUAAUCAGUAUAAAACUUUAAAGAUUAUAGCAGCAUGUAACCCAUACAGAAAACAUACAGAUGAAUUGAUUAAACGUUUAGAAAACGCGGGUUUAGGAUACCAUGUUGAUGCUGACGCUACCACUGAUAGAAUGGGCCGUGUACCCAUGAGAAGACUAGUGUAUAGAGUACAACCACUACCAGCUAGUAUGUUACCAUUAGUAUGGGACUUUGGUCAGUUGAAUACUACGAUAGAAAACUUAUAUAUUCAGCAAAUGGUGCAACGUGCGAUUGAUGAAGAAGAGUUAGGUGAUAUGCCUAAGUUAAAAGAAACCCUCAGUAGUAUUCUAGUAGCAUCACAAGAUUUUAUGAGAUCACAAAAUAAUGAAUGUAGUUUUGUAAGUUUACGAGAUGUAGAAAGAGUGCUAACUGUAAUGUGCUGGCUUCUACAACAAGCUGAUGAAGGAGAUUUAUUUGAUAAGAUUAAAGGUGAUGAGAAUGAUGAUGAGGAGUGGGGAGAAAAGACUAAUGAUGAUGAGGAAGAAGAUGAUGAAGAAGAAGACGAAAUGGUCAAUGAUAUAACCAUAGCCUUGAUACUGGCUUUAGCUGUGUGUUAUAGAUCAGGCUUAAGGUCAAGAGAUGAAUUUGACAAGGAAAUUAUUAAAACGUUCAAACCACCAUUUUAUUUACCUGAUGGUAUUAAAGAAUAUCAGAGAAUUAUUGACAGAUGUCAAGAAAGUUUCUUAGAAGAUGUUGAUUUGGGUACAAAUAUUGCUAAAAACCAUGCCUUGAAAGAAAAUAUUUUUUUGAUGGUUGUUUGCAUGGAACUAAGAAUACCUUUAUUUCUGGUUGGUAAACCUGGCAGCUCCAAGUCACUGGCUAAAACUAUAGUAGCGGAUGCUAUGCAAGGAAACUCAUCCAGAUCUGAAUUCUUCAAAAAUUUUAAACAGACUCACAUGGUUUCAUUUCAAUGUAGUCCUCUUUCAACUGCUGAUGGUAUAUUGAGUACUUUCACUCAAUGUGCCAAAAUACAAAAAGAUAAAAAUCUUGAUGCAUUUGUUGCUACAGUUGUAUUAGAUGAAAUUGGAUUGGCAGAAGAUUCAUCUAAAAUGCCUUUAAAGACGCUCCAUCCUUUACUAGAAGAUGGCUGCCAAGGAAAUGAGAAAGCUGAACCUUUCAUGAAAGUUGGUUUUAUUGGCAUUUCAAAUUGGGCUUUGGAUCCAGCUAAAAUGAAUCGAGGUAUAUCAGUACAAAGAGAAAUUCCCGAUGAUGAAGAACUUAUGAAUACAGCAGAUGGUAUAUGCUCCAGCUCUAAGACAGUACACAACAGAAUAACUCCUGUAUUAUCCGACUUAGCAAAAUCAUACUUAAGUAUAUUUGAAAAAGCAAGAGAAAAGAGAGAAUUCUUUGGAUUGAGAGAUUUUUAUAGUUUGGUUAAGAUGGUGUAUGGAUUUGCUGAGGAAUUCGAUAAAACUCCAUGUUGGCAUCAACUUGAACAUUGUAUAAAAAGAAAUUUUGGUGGUCUAGAUACUAUUGAUGCUGUAAAAGUUUUCAAAGAUAAUUUGAAAAAUGUCAGUACAGAGGAAAAGCCUCAUGAAAAUGAUCCUGAUUGUAGUGCAUUGGGACUGAUAGAAGCUGGGUUGUUUGGAAAAAGUUCUCAAAGUGAUAGCAGAUAUCUGCUUCUGCUGACAGAAAACUAUGGUGCAUUAGGUAUUUUACAAGAACAAAUAUUGCAGAAACAUCGUGUUCAAACAAUAUUUGGUUCAAGUUUUCCAAGAGACCAGGAAUAUACACAAGUCUGUCGCAAUAUCAACAGAAUUAAAGUCUGUAUGGAAACUGGUAAUACAGUUAUAUUGUUAAAUUUAGAGAAUUUAUAUGAAAGUUUAUAUGAUGCCUUAAAUCAAUAUUAUGCAAAAUUUGGCGGUGAAAGAUACGUUGAUCUAGGUUUAGGUUCACAUCGUGUCAAAUGUCGUGUACAUAAAAACUUCAGACUAAUUGUUGUCGCUGAAAAGAAGGUUGUUUAUGAAAAGUUUCCAAUUCCACUGAUAAAUCGUUUAGAGAAACACUUUCUGACACUUGAUAAUAUAAUGACAAAAGAACAGGCUGAGGUUACUCAAAAGCUUAAAGAUUGGGCUAGUAAACUGUCUCAAACUGAGAGAUACUAUUUAAGAAAUAAAGAUAAAGGAAAAGUAGAAGAAGCUUUCAUGGGUUAUCAUUCUGAUGCUGCAGCAGCCAUUGUUUUAAAGCUGUGGAAUGAUUCAGACCAACAAAACAUAUUUGAACUAUGUAAGAAAGAAUUGUUAUGGUGCAGUACCCCUGAAGCUGUUUUACAAGCAGAGAACAGCCCCAUAGCAGCAGAGAAAGAUUUCUUGAAUCAUGUUUAUUUUGUUGAACAACAACAUACUGAUAUAUUUUCCUAUGUUUUACCAAGGAUCCAAGGUUCAAACACAUUAUUUGCUCAGAUAACAACACAUUCAACUUUAUUAACAGAUGAAGAAAAAAAAGCCUUUCUACUUCCACUCAGAAAUAUUCUGUUAUUAAAUCUGCAGUCCUUUGAUACUGAACAACAAUUCUGUCAACAAAUCAAAAAUUUUGGUCAGAGCUGUACUGAGGGGAAUAAAAUAUUGAUUAUACAAUGUGACAGUCAUGGUGGUACUACAAAUUUAGUAAAGAGUGCUCAAUAUUGUGUUGAUGAUAAUUUACCGAAGUAUCUAAAUAAUUAUCAUGUAAUAUUCAUAGUUCAACUUGAUAGAAUGACACAACAACAAUUUACUGGUUAUCAGGGUGGUAAAUGGCAUUGUUUACAUAUAGACGAUCUUCGUCCCAUUGCUAAUAUUGGUGCCAAUUUGAUGCAAAUGAAGCAGAAUUCUGUAGCAGUAUUAUUCAAGCGGGAGAAAGACAUGGAAGAUUCGCUUUAUGAAAAAAUGGUGGCCAGUCCAUCUAGUGACAGUGGUUUGGAGCUGGAAUCUAUAAAUAUAAGUCUUGAAGAUUCUGAUGUUAGGAAAAAUGAUGGUUGUGACAUGUAUUUAACAGAUGAAUAUUUUCAUUCUAAAGUCGUGUCAUGUAUCCAAGCAGCUGUUGGUCGUGUGAAAGAUAAUAAUGAUACACUAUCCAGACCAACUCAACGAGUUUCAAUAUUGAUUACACUUCUUAAAGAUCAUGGACAUGAAAGUGAAUUCAGUAAAGGAAUAAGAUCCAUUGUAAGUCGGUUACUAAUGGAGAAGGAGAAUGAAAGAGGUGGUUCUCAAGUGUCUAGCAGGUGGCUAGUGUCUGAAGUUUGUAAAUCAGAUAAGAUUCAAAAAACAGGAACCUUCAGACGGGCUAUUGGACAGUAUUUUGAAGAAAAGAUCACACCUAUUCUGGCUGGAACUGUAGCCCUAUUGGAUAAGAAUUUAAACAUGGAUAUUAUUAAAGAAACCAAUGGAUGGAAAGAGAAAUUAUGGUUAGAUAUCCUAAACAGAAACAACUUGUUAGAUUUGAAAUAUUCAAAUUUCAUUUCAAGAGAAAAUUCUGAAGUUUUGAAUGAAUUUGUUGUAAACAACACAGGCUAUGGACAGAGAUGUUUUCAAUCUAGUUUUCCUUUUUCCUGGCUGUAUGUUGAUUUGAUAGAGAAGACUUUGACAUCUUUAGAGUAUAAAUCUGAAGAUGAACAAGGUGGUGACAUUGUUAAACAUGCAUCUGACAUUAUAAAUUGUGAUCAAGAAUUAGUUUCUCUUCUUACAAAUAUGAAUAUAACAGAUGAAAUAAAAAAAGACAUGUACAUAUCUUAUAUCGGAGACUUUAUUCAGAUGAAGUAUGGUAAUUUCAAUGAAAGUCUUCAAAAGGUAAUAAUGGAACUAUUGAUUACUGCUUUAAAUCAAUGUGAAUAUUAUGCUGAAAAAAUGGAUAUUUGUGAGGUUUUGGUUGCUGUACAUUAUGUAUAUCUAAUAACUAAAAUUAGAAUACAACAAUUAAUAGAGAUAGCUUAUAUUUAUCCUGAUGUGAUAGGAAUUAUUCAACAACAACUAGAGAAGAAUGGUGGACAUCCAUUACUUGACAACAGAGUAAUGACAAUUGAUGUCAUGGCUCUGUCAAUACUGUUAGAAAGUUUAGAACCAGAAAAAAAACAGUUGACUUCACCAGAAGGAAGAAAGGAAUGGUUUGAAAGAGCAUGUAAAUAUUUAACAGUUACUGAGAAAAUCUUAGAUAGUUCUGAAGAACAGAAUGGACUAGAAUAUUCACCAAUCUGUAAAGAAUUCCUUCUGCGAAUAAGAUGCUUGUGGACCAGAAUAAUGACUAUAAAACUUUUCAUAGAACAUUUUUCAUCUGAAUCUAAUAAGAAAACUGAUCAAUCUAUAAGAUGGCAAAUGUUAUGGAUGCAAUUGACAGAGAAUGCUGACUUACACAAAAUUGAAUGUUUGCAAAAAGUUGAAAAAUUCCUUAAAAUGAUAAAUAGUUCAGUUUUGAAAAAGUUGUUAGGAGAUAUAGGAAAAUGUUCAAAGUGUGGCAAUCCAUUUGAAUCGACCCCACUGCAAUUACCCUGCCAACAUAAAGUAUGUGAUAGUUGCUAUAAUGAUAUUAGAAAAGAUGUAUAUAAAGUUUGUCCUGAGUGUCAGAAAGUGAUUCCUUCAGAAUUUGAUAAUCAAAUACAAAGGUCUAAUGACAGUGAUGAUCAAAAUGAAAUAAAAAACUUUCAAAGGAAUUGUAACUCAUUUUUGAUGGCCUUGGUAUCAAAACUGUGUUUCACAUCAAAUCAGCCUCCUGAACCUGCAGUGAUAGAGAAGCUAAUGGAAUAUAUUGCUAUAAAUAUACGUCCUACAUCCACAUCAUCCACACAUAUACAGACCAAACCAAUGAGUGUGUUCACUAAUGUGAUUGAUCCCACACCAGUUUGUAGACUGUUCUUGUUAAAGUUGUUAGCAAAGAAAAGUUUUGAUGUAGUUGAAAGUUACCUCCAGAAAUAUUUUGAAUAUGCCCAACAUGUAAUAGAACAAGAGGCAGAUGUACCAAAGAAACAACUUUUUGUUGAAUUUUGUUUCCUAGUUUGCCAAUGCUUAGAGGAUAUGUUGUAUGAAAGAAGUUUAGACUCUGUUGACCAAUAUAAAGAUGAAAUACAGACAGCUACUCAGUAUUUAGAUAGAGCUGCGCUAUACCUACUGGAUAACUGUGAAGUAAUUGGGAAGUUAAACCAUAUUUCAAGGUGCCGAUUUGGUUUGGAUAUCACAGCAAAAUACCUUAAUAUGUGUUGCAAAACAAAAAGAGUACCAAACGCAGAUAUGAAGAGACUUUUCAAAGCAGCUAAAGACGUGUUGAACAUUGAACCUAACUGGAUGUGGCCAAAGAAAUACUUAAUAAAGCAAAUCUGUCGAAUGUAUGGAACAGAUAUUUAUACCACACUCAUGGAUGAUGAUCAAUUUAAAUGGAUUGGUUUUGAAAAUAAAGAGCCUUUAGUUCAAGAUAGAUUUAUAAUAUAUGGUGAAAACUAUCUAAAUAUUAGAAAACAGUUAUCAUUAGUUGAUAUGGGAUCCAAUGUUAAACAACUCAAUGAGUUAAAGGGGAAAGCUGACUGGGAAAUCAUGUUUGUAAUGGCUCUUUUAAAUAAAGUACCAACAUUUCAAAGUCAGAUGUUUGAGAAACUGAAGCCAUUUAUAGAGAAGAAUAUGAAGAAAGAAAAAGACUUGAAAGAACUAGCACUAACAAUAUUGUCAUCAGAACAGGGUUCUAGUCCAUUAUUCAGUGUAAGAUGUACCAGUUUAGUUGAAACUAAGAAUAUAGAAUACUUAUUAUGUCAUUGGUUAUUAGCAUUAAAAUCAACUCCAGAAAAUACAAUUCUACAACCAUUAGUUAAUUUAGUGUUUAAUACAACGACUAUGAGGGAUUCCUUUCUGCCUACAAUGCCUGAAGAAGAUCGAGAAAAUUUGAAUUUACUUCAUUCUGUAUUGAAACAGAAAGAAUCAACAGCUGUUGUUUACCGUUGCCCAAACGGACAUCCUUAUGUUAUUGGAGAUUGUGGAAGACCAUAUACAAAAUCGAAGUGUAAUGAAUGUGCACAAGAUAUAGGUGGUCAAUCUCAUAAUGCAUUGGCUCGUAAUGUCUUAGAUUCAGGAACUGCAGAUAGUACAAAGAAAGGUCAUAUAUUAGGUUAUGCUGAUCAAAGAUCUAACAUUUCAACACCAGAAAGAUCAUUAUCACCAGUUAUGUGUUCUAUAGUAAGAUUGUUGACUCAUAUGUCUCUGUAUUUAUCAUCCAAACGAAAUCAGCGGGAAGUAAAGCAACUGGUAGAAGAAAGAUAUGUAAGUGGGAAUAUUGAGGAGUUUUUCUUACAUCACAUACAGAAAGAUAUUGGUGUAUUACAACAUACCUUAAAUAAGAGUAGUGAUGAUAUAUUUCUCUUAAUGAAUAUAGUCUGUAAACAUCUCAUAUUGCAUCUUCCCUCAGAUAAGAUUGAUAGAAAUAAGGUUAUUUUGAACACAAAAGAUGCUAGAGGUCGAUGGGAAAACAGAAUGAAUAAGGCUUUAAAACCAGUUGUACAAGACUUGGACUCCCAGUUAAGAAAAGGCAAUGAGGAUAUAAUCAGUAAUGAUUCAGGUGCUGAUGAAUUAUUGGCUAUUGUCUAUGAAAAAGACAUUGAUGAAGAAACUGAUAUCAAUAAUCUACAGUAUAAUAGUAUUAUAUGGAAAUAUAGAGAGAGAAUAACCAUUCAACACUUCUUGAGAAAUUUCCAAUUACAGAUUAUUGAUAAGGAGAAAGAGGGACAAUCUUUCAAGAUAAUUAGACUCUUUAAACAGGAGCUGCACCAUUUACAAGUUCAGCGUUUUCUACCAUCUAUAAUCAAAUUGCUUCAUGUCUUAAUGCAGAAAUUCUGUAGAAAAAUAGACCGUGGGGAGGCAAGUAAUAUUUCUAUGGAAGAAGUCUUUAAGAAAGAAUUCACAGAUAAUGGAGAGGUUCUAGAGUAUUUUGACAAUUUUAUUCAAGCAUGGGAAAUAUUAAAAGAAAAACUUGUAUCACAUGUUUGUAGAAUAGAUGACAAUGUAUUAUUAAGUUUACCAUCAGAAUAUCAUAAUGCUAAGUUGGAUCUGAAAUCCAGAUUAGCAGCUUUCUUACCAUCUACAAAGGGACCAGGUGUAUGUUCAUACAUUUUGGUAGAUUUCCUGUGUCGCAAACAUAAUGAAUUUCUAGAGAGUAUCUGUCUUUUGAGAAAACAAAAGUUUGAAGAUAUAAUAACUGUUCAUUCCAAGGACUUGACAACUUACCAUUUAUUUUCAUUCCACCUUGUAAAAGAUAUUGAACCUUUAGUCCUGAGUAAUUGUCAUUAUUCAUUCUAUCUACACUAUAAAGGAUCUGAGAUUACCUAUGACUUUGAUGGUUUUGAGAACCAGGCUGUAGAUCGUUUAUUCAGUAGAAAAUCAAGAAUUCUGACUAAUGGCCCAGUUAUUCCAAUAGAAACAAUGUUAUUUAAAGCUGAUUCAAGUAAUGCUUUGGUAUUUACAGCAAUAAGAAAUCUUAUUCCACAGAUUCAUCUAAAUUCUGUAGUGAAGAGACAAAUAACUGAAGAACUUCAGAAACUAACCAAUAUUUGUGAUUCUAUUAAUAACUUGGAUGUUGCUACAUCCUUUGUUAAAUCACUAGGUGGUGAGCCUGAGAUGAAUAUACAUAUCUUUAUGUCUGAUACACUGAAAAUGCAGUCCUCCCUUAUGUCUCCAACAGCUAGAAGCGAGUGUAAACUGCAGCAUAUCCAAUCAUUAUGGUUAAUUUUAUCAUUUGCUAAAGAAAAAAUAUUAACAUUAAGAAAAAAGGAUUCAUUUGUUGAUUUUGAGGAAGGAUUGAAUGUUAAAGUGGAAGACAGUGAUAAGACUGUAAUAGAAGAGGAAUGUAAAAAAUUAUCUAUAGAAAAAUUGGAAGUUAUUUUGCAUUUCAUUUAUGAAAAUAUCCUUCUUAAAAUAGCACAACCCGAAGUGGAAUAUAGAGAAAUGAAAUUAAAAGAAUUACUUUGUGUUGAAUUGGAGAAUUGUUCAAACUUUGCUCAUAGACCACCUGAAUAUGAUAAAGUAAAUGGAGAUAUAUUUUUGACAUGGCCAGAAAAUGUAUUGGGUAUUCAUGCUAUACAUGUGUGGAAAACUAUUUUACAUGUGUUCACUAAAAAAGAUGAAGAUUAUUUUGGAUAAAGCCUUUUUUUUAUUUCCUUUUAUUGAAAUUUUUUAUAAUAGUAGAGCUUAUUUUGUUGGUUUUUUUUUUUUAAUUUUAAUGAAUCUGUGAUAAAGAUCAUGUUUAAAUUUAUGAAUAAUUUAUAAUAUAGAUAUUUUCUGUAAUGGCCAUUGAAAAUGUCAAUUUAGAUUUAGUUAGAUGUUUUAUAAUUACCAACUUUAUUUUGCUAGAGUUAACAAAAUUUGAAAAUAUUCGAAAAAGCAACUGUAGAAUGAAGCUUGUUUGCUGUCGUAAAAAAGCUUUGAAUAUCACGUCUUUAUAUCUAAAAGACAAGCAAUGUUUUGCUACCUUAAUUCACCCAUUUGAAAUAUGUUGAAUACACCCUUUCUCUUAAAAAUAAUUGCUCAACAAUUUGUUGAAACUUGAUGAAGUUGUCUUUGAUCAUUCAAUGAUGAACUUUUUUACAAAUAACAAAAAUGUCUUAUACAAAUUAUUGCUCUUAGCUUGUAAUCACAAAUUGUGUUUCUCCUUUAAGGCAGGUCAGCUUUAAACAACCAGUAUUUGUGGUUGGGAGAGUGAAAUACUUUAAAAAUACAAACCAUCAUCUUACCUUUUUUGAAAGUUUUAACUGAAAAUAUCCUGUUUUUUUUCUCAAAUUUGUUUUUAAAACAGUUUUUUGGUUGCUAGGUAAAGGUAUUGAUACUAUAAAAAGGGUUUAGAUAUAUUACACAAAAUAAAAUUGGUUGGCCCUUUAAGUAGUGUAAUAAUUAUAAUUGUUUUUAUUUAAAUUAUAUCCAAGUUCAGAAAUUAAAAAAAAUAUUUUUUUAACUUUUGGCCCUUGUUCUUCAAAAUUUAUACCAAAUUUUUUACUGUAUAGAACACUCUUAACGGUAUAGUUCUACAAGAAAUGUAUGAAUUAAGGCUAAAUAUUUCAUGUUGGUUAUUGCUGCCUUCCUGCCAAAUGUCUAAAUUUAAACCUGGCAAGAUAUGAUAUAUCGUGCAUCUGUACUUUGAAAUGUUUAUUAAGAUGUAGAUAGCUUCUUUCUUAAAGGAGAACAUAUUUGUUUACGUGUUGAUAAGUCUUGAUUCCAACUUCUUAUCAAAAUCUGACAAGAGAGAUCUUGUAACCCACAGAAGUGCCUUAUAGCUGCCCUGCAACUGAGAUUGUCAACUGGGAGUCUCUUUCGAAUGUCCACAUAGAUAAGAUUACUAAAAAUCUGUGUGUUUUAUUCAAUUCAUUAUUUAAUCAACUGUCAAAUCUCUUAGCGUAUUAUUAAUUUGAAAAUAUAACAUUCUUAUAAUUACAUAUAUAUAUAUAUCUUUGUGAGAUAUUUAAUAAAAGCUGUUUUGUAAAUUCUCAUGUUUCAUGUGAUGAUUUAUAUUCUUGA